CCUAGAUCCCGUAUAGCGUAUCUGAAUCUCUCUUCCUUAUAUAAUAGCAAGCCGACUAUCAACUAGUCUCCUUCUUUUCUUCUUCCUCUCUCUCGUGACCAAAAUUCAUCUUUGCUCAUUCCAUUCUCUCUCUAAACUCCAUUGCGAAAACCUUGAAGCAACUAGAGAGAGAAAGUGAGUUGGAGAGAGAGAGGAAGAAGGAGUAAAAUUUGAGUGGAAAAAUGAACGGUGGAGAUUUGAAUCAGCAGCAACAACAGCAACAGCAGCAACAGCAGCAACAGUGGGUGGCGAUGCAGCAGUAUCAGCAACAAUGGAUGGCGAUGCAGUAUCCAGCAGCAGCAAUGGCUAUGCAGCAACAGAUGAUGUAUGGUCAGCAAUACAUGCCUUACUACCAUCAACAGCAACAGCAGCAGAAGAUGCAGCAGCCGCCGACUCAGAUUCAGAACUCAUCUGAAGAUAACAAAACGAUCUGGAUUGGUGAUCUUCAACAGUGGAUGGAUGAGAAUUAUCUUCAUUCAUGCUUUUCUCAUGCUGGCGAGGUUAUUUCUGUGAAAAUUAUUCGAAACAAGCAAACUGGUCAAUCAGAGCGUUACGGAUUUGUUGAGUUCAAUACUCAUGCAGCAGCGGAAAAACUGCUACAGAGCUACAAUGGCACAAUGAUGCCAAAUGCUGAGCAACCUUUCCGCUUAAAUUGGGCAGCCUUUAGCGCUGGUGAAAAGCGUGCAGAAACUGGUUCUGAUUUCUCAAUUUUUGUAGGUGAUUUGGCUUCUGAUGUUACUGACACAAUGUUACGUGACACAUUCGCUAGUAGAUUUCCAUCUGUUAAAGGUGCAAAAGUAGUAGUAGAUGCAAACACAGGCCACUCAAAAGGCUAUGGCUUUGUAAGGUUUGGUGAUGAAAGCGAGAGGUCUCAGGCCAUGACUGAAAUGAAUGGUAUAUAUUGUUCCAGCAGGCCCAUGCGUGUUGGUGUUGCUACCCCAAAGAAACCAUCAGCACAACAACAAUUUUCUUCUCAGGCUGUGAUAUUAUCUGGUGGAUAUGCAUCAAAUGGUUCUGCAACCCAUGGAUCCCAGUCUGAUGGUGAUUCAUCAAACACGACAAUUUUUGUUGGAGGACUUGAUUCUGAUGUCACUGACGAUGAACUGAGGCAGUCCUUUACUCAGUUUGGGGAAGUGGUCUCUGUGAAAAUACCUGCCGGAAAAGGAUGUGGUUUUGUACAAUUUUCGGACAGGAGCUCUGCUCAGGAGGCGAUACAAAAAUUAAGUGGGGCUAUAAUUGGAAAGCAGGCAGUUCGUCUUUCCUGGGGGCGAAGUCCAGCAAACAAGCAGAUGAGAACUGAUUCUGGUAAUGGGGGCGGCUAUUAUGGAAGGCAAAAUUAUGGAGGAUAUGGAUACGGCGCAUCACAAAAUCAGGAUUCUGGCAUGUAUGCUGCUGGAGCAGCCUCUAAUGGCUACGGGAAUCAGCAGCCUGUUAGCUAAACUGUAGUCAACCGCUGCUAAAGGAGACAUUGCCAAAACACUCUUUUUUCUUUGAAUUUAAAUCGACUUAAAAGAUUAAAGCAUAUAGUGUUUGAUGAGAAUUUUGUAGCUGGAUUUGAUUUAUGCUUAGUGAGUCCAAGAUAUGUGAAACGUUAUACCUAGAGAUGUGAGCUAUGAUGAUUGGUGAAAACUUGUUUCGA